AACAAUGCCACGCGUCAAGAGCCUUGUAAGAGGGGGAAGAGUAUAGAAGAGAGUGGUCUUGGAGACGCCAGGCUAUUUAGGAAACCACGUAGGAAGUCAUGCAUUUUUCCUUUAAAUGCGUUCUUUUUUUGCAGGCUUUAAGCCUCUUUUCUUUCCUGGUUCAGGGACAAAAACUCGAGGAAAGUAUGGAAGAAGUAAAAAUAGAAGUUUUGCAUCUUCCAGAGAACUGUUCUUCCAAAAGCAAGAAAGGUGACCUCCUAAAUGCCCAUUACGAUGGCUACUUGACCAACGGAACCAAAUUCUACUGCAGCCGGACACAAAAUGAAGGUCACCCAAAAUGGUUUGUUCUUGGUGUUGGGCAAGUAAUAAAAGGCCUAGAUAUUGCUAUGACGGGUAUGUGUUCUGGAGAAAAAAGAAAAGUGACAAUACCUCCUUCACUGGCCUAUGGAAAGCAAGGCUAUGCACAAGGCUUGAUUCCACCAGAUGCAACACUGAUUUUCGAGAUUGAACUCUAUGCUGUGACCAAAGGACCCCGAAGCAUUGAAACAUUUAAACAGAUAGAUGUGGACAAUGACAAGAAGCUCUCUAAAACGGAGAUCAAUUAUUACUUGAAAAAGGAGUUUGAGAGAGAUGAUAAACCACGUGACCAGUCAUAUCAUGAUUCCGUGUUAGAAGAUAUUUUUAAGAAAAAUGACCAUGAUGGAGAUGGCUUCAUUUCUUCCAAGGAAUAUAAUGUAUAUCAACAUGAUGAACUAUAGCAUAUUGUUUCUAAAUUCAUUUGGCUAUUUUGUAUUAUCUACAAAAUUACUUUUAUUCAAAUUUUGUUUACUGAUUUUUCUUAUAAGACCACAUUUUGAUAUUUUCAAACAUAAUUUCUGAACCUUUUUGUAAAUUUAAUAAUAAAUGGUAACAUAUCCUA